AUGAGAUGCAGAUUGAAACUUCCAUUAGAUGAUCUUUCAUUUUUCUGUGAUGUUGAACUUAAAUCAUUAAAAGACUUUAACUUGGUUGAGUUGUUAGAAAAGUUAGAGGAUAAACUUGCAUUAGCAGAAGAGUUGGUGGAUGAAUUAGGACUCAUAGAAGAUG